AUGUCCGCAGCCAGCACGACCAGCCUCCCUUCAACAGCGGUCCCCACGUCGCCGGCGCCGUUCGAGGCCUUCCUGACGUCCCUUGGGGCCGGCCGUUCUGCGAACAGAGCCGCGGCAGCCACCACCACAUCUGCGUCACCGGCAUCACCAUCGACGACUUCAUCAUCGACCAAGAUGGCAGCCGUCGCAGUCAACGCCCAGUCCACCCUGUCAGAUGGCGUUUCUUCUACACCGCUGCCGACUCCAUCUUCUUCCUCCCCGACCCAGCACCACAUCUCCACUCCCUCUUCCACGAACCCAGCCCCGGCCCUCGCCUCCUCGUCUUCAUCAUCCUCUACCUUGCCGGCCUCAGCCGCCGCUACUUCCGGUGUCACCGCCAGCGCCGCCGGCAGUGGUGCCACGGAGAAGGCCGGGGAAGGUCGGACGAGUUCUCCCCUCGUCGAGGGCACGAAUCCCGCCGCCGCCAAUUCAACAACGGCCGCCGCUACACGACAUGAAGAUGACGUGAAGAUGAACGUCGUCGAUGAGGUGACGGGCUUGCUGCUACUGAGCACGACUGCUACGAGUAGCGGGACGGGCGCGGGUCAGACGCCGUCGCCGCCCCCUCAGCAGCAGCAGCAGCAGCCGCCGUUCGACGUGACGAGUAGCAGCGGUCGCGAGGCGCUACUCCUCCGGUUCCUUCAGCUUCUGCCGAGCACGCUCGACCUCCAGCAGCCGCUCAACCAGCCGUCGCCCACCAUGAACGGCACCAGCAGUGCGAGCGAGGCGGAGACGACCAGCAGGGCCUGCCAGCAGCUCGUGUCGGAGGUGGUGACGGCCCUGCGGCUGUGGGUCAUGCAGCAGCCCCUCACCCUGGGCCGACCGCUGGGCGACGACAACCCGUCGCUCUUCGCCCUCCUGCGUCCGCAGCUGCGUCAGCUCCACUGGUGGCGAGCGCCGCAGGGUCACGCCGUCGCAUCUACGUCUUCUUCGUCGGUGGCGCCCCCGCACUACCCCACCUCGGCUGCCUCGCCUCCGCCAGAGCCGCCCGUCGGGGACGACCUGCUCGCCUUGGCGUGGGGCAACCGAGCCUGGCAGCCCCCGGUGGCGGCCAGCCCCGCUGCCGCGGCUGUCGGGCAGCACAAGACCGAGGAGGGCUCGCCGACCCUCUCCUCGCCGGGUCUCGCCACCUCGCCCGCCCGCGGACUCACCGUGCCGCUGGUCAAGGUCGAGCAGCACAACAACGUCGGCGUCGCUGCCCACCCGGGUGGUGCCAACAACGGCGCCUUCGCCCGAGCGCAGCACCACCCCGCCGGCCCGACUGGCGCGGUGAUCGGCACGAUCAAGGUGCCCGGGCCGAUGCCGGUGGCGGGUCCGACCAACAGCAACGAGGGCUUCGAGUUCAACGAGAACGACAGCGCGGCCCCGCACAGCAGCGCCGUCGCCGUGCUUAGCAAGCGGCGUCGCAGCAUGGACGCCUCAUUCGAGGCGGCCGGCGGUCACCUGCUGGGCCGUCCGCCCGUCCGAGACCAGGCCCUGCGCAAGCGUCGGAAGAGCGUCAUCGACCGCACGACGACCGGCAGCGUGCGCUCGGAGGAGACCACCACCGCGCCCGCGCCGCGCGAAAUGCGCAAGCGCAAGGCCUCUCUGCCGCCGUCGACCGCGCCCAACCCCAACGGCGCCGGCCUCGGCGACGACGGCUCGCUCUCGCCCAAGAAGACCAAGUUUGACGAUGAGGACUACAUCGACACGGGCCGGGAGUCGGGCGGCGGCGACAAGGACAAGGAGGGCCAGCGCGACGUGGCCGACUCAGCCACGCCGAUCCGCGGCAUCCGGGGCCGAGGCAGGGGCCGAGGCACGCGGGGCAUGAAGGCGCGCGGUGGCCGGGGUGGACGCAGUGGCGGCAACAGCAGCGCGCACAGCGAGAAGGACCUUGACGGCGUGCCCAAGACCAAGGCAAGAAAGCCGGAGAGUUGUCACAGGUGCAAGAACAAGAAGGAGUUUUGGGUGGGCUGCCCGCUUGUUGCCUCGCACAAGUACUGUCGCGGCUGCGUCGUCCGACACUUCAGCAUCGACUACGAUGACUUCAGGGCGAACCCGGAGAACUAUUGGACCGACGGCUGCCCGAUCUGCCACCUGACGUGUCCGUGCAUCGGCUGCGUGCGGAAGAAGAAGAACGGACAGAGCGGCGGAGCGGAGGACGACAAGGUCGACAUUGAGAAGGACGAGGACGACGAGGUCGGCGAUCCCGACGAGGACGAGGACGACGAUGGCGCCGACGGCUACGAUGAAGAGGGCGAUGGCGACGAGGAAGACGACGUGCACGUCGACGUAGACAACGACGACGACGACGACGAGGACGAGAUGAGCGAGGAGCGGAGCGCCGAGAGCCUGAUCGAGGUGAGGUGGUCGGCCCUCAAGCGACAGCUCGACGUCAAGGACGCGGCCGCAGCGGCCGACAGCACCGGCACCGGCCAGCACCUGCCGGUCAAGAAACGCAUGAGCCGCAUGCGCUCCAACUCGUUCGCCAACGGCGGCGGCCCCUCGUCGCGCAGCGGGUCGUCGUCGUCAUCGUCGUCGUUCCUCGACGAGCCCUACACGCCGCAGCAGACCCACCAGCAGCCGCCGCGAAAGCGCGCUCCGCGGCUCCGCUCCUAUUCGACGUCGCACUGCGAGCCCAAGCCCUCGGCCGUCGCGGCCAUGAACCCGGAGGACUACCUCGGUCGCACGGGAGCCGGUAACGUCCUGGCCGCGCGAUACAGCUCGCCCAUGCGCCGCGGCUCGCGCGGCUUCAACUCCCGGGCCAACCACUAG